CGCUUCACGGUCCACAAAUGCCCAGCAUUCGCCCUACUUAAAGCUGGCACCAUUCGCUCAACCCUUCCCACCAAGCCGCCGCCGCAACCCUAGAGCCUCGCCUCCCUCCUCCCCUCUCCCGGGCGCCUCCACCCCCCGCCUAGCGGCGCGAAGCGACCAUGACGUUCAAGCGGAGGAACGGCGGGCGCAACAAGCACGGCCGCGGCCACGUCAAGUACAUCCGCUGCUCCAACUGCGCCAAGUGCUGCCCCAAGGACAAGGCUAUCAAGCGUUUCUUGGUGAGGAACAUCGUGGAGCAGGCUGCUGUGAGAGAUGUGCAGGAGGCUUGUGUGCAUGAUGGAUAUGUGCUUCCCAAGCUGUACGCCAAGGUGCACCACUGUGUGUCUUGUGCCAUCCAUGCCCACAUUGUCCGUGUCCGCUCGCGUGAGAACAGGAGGAACCGUGAGCCCCCGCAGCGUUUCAGGCGCAGGGAUGACGGCCCGAGGCCUGGACAGGGUGGCCCGCCCCGUGCUGGCGGCCCUGGUGGACCUGGUGGUGCGCCCGCUGGCGCUGGUGCCAUUCCUGGUGCCCCUGCUCCCCGUGUCUAGUUUGGGAAUGCUUGCAUGAUAUGGAGCCAGUCCUAGUUUUACUCGUCUCUGGAUAUUGAACUAUUCUACCUAGUUUUUGCUGCAAUCGGUUGUACUGAAAGUUGGUUGGUCAAGCACAAUUUGUGAUCAGGUCUUUAUGUUUUGACAAUUUCACUGCUAUCUAUAUCAGAGAGAACCUUUUGGUU